GUUGAUCAAAUCUCGGUAGACUUACUCUUCUAUCGGUCUCGAAAAAGGAUGCUCCUGUUAUUAUAUUGUUCAUUUAUCUGACGGGGUGUGGUGAAAGAAUACAUUUUCAUCAUUGAUUUCUCUCCUAUUCUGCAGAAAAAACAAAAGUUCGAAAUAUGAAUUUUUAAACUUUAAACAUUCUUGAACCGAAGAAAGCUGACAUGCUUUUAUUUAAAACGGAUAUGUUGUAAGUCAAUUACAGUGCCACUCAAGUGAAUACCAUUUGACUUUCUGGUUUGAAACACGCAGCCAAUGCCAGUUCUUUUGAAGCAAAAUAUAAUUAAGCAACUACACGACAUCAAUUAUUAAGGAUCCAUUUAGAUUGCCAACUUCCAAACCAUCAGCGGCUCGCUAUUUGUCAAAAAUUAUUGGGAGCAUUUCAGACAUAAUGACAUCAACAGGAAAUUCUGCGCAGUUAACGGAGGUAAGGACGCUAUUUUCUGCGUUUGACAAGAAUAAAGAUGGAUUCCUUUCUUCCAAAGAAGUUGCAGCGCUUCUGCAGUCAGGAAAACUCAGUGCCAAAGUUCCGUAUAACGCAAUACAAAAAAUAGUGAGGGAUGUGGAGAAGAAAGACAAAAAGAUGGUAAACCUGACACAGUUUACAGAACUCCUCGGUGAAUACUGUCCCGAUUUUAACCCGAUGGCGGACAUGAUGGAGGCUUUCAAAGUUUUUGACAAGAAUGGGGACGGUGUGAUUAGUGUUUCUGAGCUACGACAGGUCAUGAGUAACCUAGGAGAGCGUCUGACUGACAGGGAACUUCAAAAGAUGUUUCGGGACGCAGAUCAAGAUGGUGACGGCGAAAUUAAUUAUAAUGAAUUCUUAAAAAUGAUGAUGCACAGUUAAAAAAAGAAAUGGACCAAAAGAGCACCAAAAAUUUCUAGCACAGCUAUGUUUAAACGAGACGGUAAAAGUCAUGACUUUAUGUUAUAUAUCACUACAUGUACCA